UACCAUAUUUAGCUGCCAUAAUAUAAUUGUCUCCAGAACUUGGCCAAUUUUCAAGAUGACGCAGCUGUGUUGCACAGUUUUGCUGCUGCUGCUGCUGCUGGCGGCGGCUUCAACAGGUAGCCACAACAACACCCGCUCGCACAACCAUCGGCUGCAUCGACAGCGUCAUCCGCACAGUGUCAAGUCGGAGGUGGAGCUGCUGCCGGGCGUGACAAUGCGUCCGGUGCGCGGCACGGACAGCACGCGGCUGCGCCGUCUGCCCCAUCAUGCCCAACAGCCGUACAACAAGGUCUUGACGCGACGCCUGCAUCAGCAUCAGCAGCAUUCGGGCGCCCGGCCCACCGAGUGGGAUUACAAUACCUAUAACAUCUAUACGAACACCUUUGGACCGCCGCCGCCGCCGCUGCCGCCGGUCUCGCCGUACGCCGGCAAGGGUGAGGACAACACGGGCGAUGUGGAGUUUAUCGGCGUCAGCGGACGCGGACGUGGCUACGAGUAUGUGCCGCCCAUCACAACCGCGGCGCCACCGCCGAAUCUCAAUCGUCGCGCCAUCACGCCCGGCCUCAGCAUGGGCACCGUGCCGCCGCUGGUGCCAGCCCGGCGUGGCUAUAGCUACACGACAACGGCGCCCAGCACCUCCACCAGCAGCACCACCACCAGCACCACCAGCAGCAUCAGCAGCACCACCGAGGAGCCCUACGAGACGAACACAAUCAGUCGCAAUUAUCCCACAGAUGCCAAGGAGAUGGAGCGGCGACACAUUUGCGUGCAGCAGCGCACAAUCACGAUGCCGGUGAAGACAACGGAGGUGUACACGCGACCCACCUGGAAGCACGUGAGCGUGCCCUGUCCGCCGCCCACGCACGCCGGCCAGAUGUGCACGCGGGUGCAGCUGGUGCACGAGCAGGCCUACCGGGACGUCAUCAAGCACAAGCCGGCGCAGCAGAUGACCUACGAUUGCUGCACGGGCUGGACGCGGGAGCACCAACGCGCGGAUGCGUGCAUGAAACCCCUUUGCAGCACGCGCUGCCAGAACGGCGGCAAUUGCACGGCGCCGCAGCUGUGCAGCUGUCCGGCGGGCUUUGGCGGCAGAUACUGCGAGCAGGAUGUGAACGAGUGCCAGACGGAGAAGCCCUGCGAUCAGCAGUGCAUCAAUACGCCGGGCUCCUACUAUUGUCGCUGCCGACAGGGCUUCGUUCUGCAGGCGGAUCAGCAGAGCUGUCGCAAGAGCUCAACCCAUGCGGAUGAUGCGUUCGAGGCGCGAGAUCUGGAGAACGACAUCGAUGAGACGGACGCGGCGGUGGUCACACGGCUGCAGAAGAUCGAACGCUCGCUGGCCAACGAGCGAGUGCACACGAACGAGCUGCAAAAGUCGCUGCAGGCCACCUACAGCGUCGUGGACACACUGCGCAGCAGGCUCAGCACACUGGAGAAGCAGGCGCUGGAUGUGAACCGCAUGCAGACGAAUCUCUACAAGACAGAGUCGCGCACCAACAAGCUGGAGAGCAUGCUCAAUUUGCUGAUGAAGUGCCGAAGUGGCCCCAACGCGGAUUGCCCCUAAUUUAACGAGGGGGAGCGUGGGGCCAGCGCGCCAAUACAGAACUGCAUUUUAUUACGCUCUAGAAAUUAAAAUGGUUUAGUUUAAGCUAAAGAAACUUAUCUAUAUUCGUUUGUGUAACUGUAGCCCAUCCCGCUUGUAAGCCAUUCCCGAACGCAAGUGCCUCCGUAGUUUAUAAAAAGAAAAAGAAAA